AUGAUUCGUAGUGGAGCACCGGCGCCAGCGCAACGUGGUGGUACUUCAUCUUUACCAUCAAAUAUUCGGGAUAAUAUUUUGCACCGUUUAAUGCUUUCUACCCAAGCUGGAAGUGUAUCAAAUGGAUCAGGACGAGCAGACCAACGAUCACGAGAAGAAAUGCAACAGUAUAUAGGUCGAAAUUUUCCAUCUCAUGCUUUUCAAACGCCACAAGUUAAUAAUGAUGUAAUGGAUUUAUGGCCAAAUGUUUCGGGAGCCGACAAUUUUCCGUCCCCAAUAAGUGGAAAUACAUACGGUUACGGACCAGGAUCAGGAGCAUCAACAAUGUAUCUACCAAAUUUGCUCAAUUUACCGCCACUACCACCAGUGUAUUUACGUUGUCCCGAAUGUGGCAUCUGCAAAAUGAGCAGUGAAGAAAUGGAGGUCCAUAUUAAAGUUGAACAUUUACACUGGAGUCCCUUUCAAUGCACUGAAUGUUAUGCGGAAAGAUCGACCGAUUUUCAAUUACGCGAACAUAUUCACUCAACACAUCGAAAAAAUUAUGAACAUAAAUAUAUAUACGCGUAUCAUGACAAUCCGACUGCGAAACGGUUGCUUCAAUUAAUGAUGGACCGUUGCUUGAUGAAUGCACGUCGUGCGCAGCCACCACCACUAGUCAGCAAUUCUCAGUCGUCACCGACUGGAGCAACAACAGCAACAUUGCCACCACCGCAUUUCCAUGCCGCCACAUUCCCGGUGAAUAACAUGAGAGAAAGGCUCAUAACUCAUACAAAUGAUUCGGAUAGACGAUCUACGGCAAGUUUAUCUCCUACAUGUGAAGUCGGUGUUGAAAGUGUUGUGCGUAAUAUCAAUACAUUGACAAAUGGCCGAGACCAUAUAUCAGUGAAUCAGCAACUACAAAGAUCCGAGCUUACGCCAACUGCAACUGUUGGAGCGACAGCUACUGCUAUUUCAAAGAAACGACCUGCAAGUGAUAAUACCAUGUCUUGGAAUACAAACACCGACGCAGUGUUAUCGGCGAUACGUGUUGCAACCAAUGAAAAUGUCGAUGAACAAGAAGUAGGUGUGGAAGGUUCUGGUACCGAAGACGGUGGAAUUGGAGUAGGAGGAGAAAUGGAUGAUGAAUUCAGUAGUAGUAUUGCAAGCGGAGUACGUGAUGUCAAAAGUGCAUUUGACAUUGCGAUGGAAGAAUCAACAACAGAUCAAUCCGAUGAAGCACUGCUAGCAGCGACAGUGGUUGAUAGCGGCCAAGAUGCGACGGAUAUUUUGGGAAAUGUUGCCGAAAUAUUUAGUGCCGGUGAUAUAGCUAUUCCGUGGAAACGACGUAAUCGUGGUGGCAGUAGUAAUGUUCAUGAAAAUAGUAAUGCCACGGACUAUAUCACAAGAAAUGAGCGACCUAAAGCUACGAAGAGCAGCUUGGCAAAAAGACGUAUGAUGGGAAUAUGUAAGUGUAAACAGCUUAUUACCGCUGGUGCACGACAAAUGCAUAUUUUUUAUCACAUGGCAAAGGAUCGCCAGCUUUUCCGUUUCCGUUGCAAAUAUCCUGCUUGUCAAGUGCAGCACUACAGAAAAGACCAGAUGGAAAAUCAUCAGUCGAAAGUACAUGGUGCAAUAAAUCCAAUGUUAAUUGAAGACCGAACAGCUGAGUUAUUCAAAAUUUCCCAGGAAGUAUCACUGGAUCUUUUGGGAACAACGGGUAAUAAGCCUGGUCCCACAGCUGCACGCGCACAAAUGAUUUACGAUCAGAUGAUGGCAGCGCAAGCUCGGAAUCCCAGAAAUUCAAGGCGGAAGAAAAGAGCGGCCGAAAGAGCGCUAGCUGUUGCAGCAGCUCGUGCUGUUGCUACAGCUCGAGUUGCAGUAGCAACCGCUGCACUGAAUGCCCAAAGAAUGGCUGCAAUACAAGAAACAAAUCGAUGCGGUACUGCAGAGCAAUCACAACAAUCACAACAGCAGCAGCAUCAUCUCCCAUCUGUUCCAUCAACAUCACGAGAAAUAUCGUCGAUAGAGCAAACUGAUGACCAACAAUUACAUUGUCAAAAAUGUCAUAAAUUAUUACAUAAUAAGAUACGCGGUUUCCAUGUUCUGUGGCAUAUGUCCAAAGAUCUUGGUAUCAAUCGUUAUAUAUGUAAAUUUUGUGAUUUUGGUCAUGAUCGAAAACAGGCUGUUCUAAGUCACGGAAGAAGGGAACACGGUACAGAGGACUGUUGCGAAGAUCAUGUUGAGGAAUAUUCAGAUGAAGUAAAGGCAAUGACUGAACAGUGUUUCGGUUCUCAGCCAACAUCAUCGCAUGAUAGCCGUAUACAGUGCAAAGUAAAUUUUCUCAACGCUUUAAUUAAUAUAUCCCAAUUAGUGUUACCAGAUCAAGCAGCUAACGAUGAAGGAAUGAUUGCGGAAACUAUGAUGAAUGCUAAUACUACUCCUACAACUACGAUUUCGGAAGAAAUUAUGAAUUCAGCAGCAUACGAUGCAGACGAAUAUGACACAAAAGCGUCGUCAGCAAUGCAUAUUAGCGAUUCGUCGCAGUUUGCAUCACAUCAUUCUGAAACAUCAGCUAUUAUGGCGGUGUCGCGAUCAUUUGCUUCGACGUCAUCUUCGUCAUCAUAUCGUGAUCGUAUGAGAAAAGCCAGAAAUCGUCGUUUCGGAGUGCGCAAACCUCCGUCAAAGUUGAAACGUAAAGAAAUGGCGAAGUUACGUGAAAUCAGUAUGCGACUUGGUGGUGCGCAGUAUUUCAAAAAGCGCUUUAACGAAGCUGCACAUUGCCAGAAGUGUGGUUUGCUAACAACAUCAAGGUUAAGUGAUCACGCAUACAAACAUCUGGAUGUGCAGCUGUUUCUUUGUCCACAAUGUGACAUCGGAAACCAAUCACGUGAUUUGGUGGUGAAACAUAUUCGUGACGUGCACAGCAGUCAGGAACAUCCAAUUGAUGAACGCUGGAAAUAUCGCGUUGAAAUUAAAGAAAUCAUCCGUGAAUGUUAUCCAGCAUAUUUUAUCGAUGCGCCAAUACCUACCGCUGCUGAUAUUGAAAAAUUGUACGAGGCUAUCGCUUUUGUUUCAAUUGCGCAAUCGCAGACAUCUCUUGGUCAUUUCAAUGCGCCACUGCGUCAUGGUGUUGAUCACGAUUUAGUUGCCAGAUUUUUUAUUUUUUCCAGAAAGCAAAGUUUAUCGUCGGGGCGGUUUUUCGAUGUUCUCGGAUCCACAGAUGAUGAUCAGCCGGAAAGCGUUGAUGCAACUCUCGAAAGAGGUUUUGGCCGAGAAGUUGGUGACGGAGAUUCGGAUGAUGAACGACAAGAAGAAGGUUUGGAGGCAGAACAGGAUGCACAGUCGUACACAGAAGGAGGUGAUUAUGGUGUAGAUGGUACCAUGUUAUGUGAAGCGGAUCAUGCGCAGGAACGUUUUGUAAUGGAAAGUGAUGAUCAAUCCGUGGACAGUGAUACAAGUGGCGAUGACGCUAUUGUUGAAGAAAAUGGACAUGAUGAGGUGGAAAGAUUUGCUGGUGCAUCAUCAGGACAGUCGUCAAUCACUGGGCUACCACUGCUGGAAAACGAAGAUGUUUUAGGAAGUGGUGCUAUUGUAGUAAAAAAUGAGCCAGAUAAUCAUUCUGAUAUCACUGGAGAAGCUGAAAUUAAGCAUGUUAUGGAAGAAGAUGAAGAUGAGGAAGAGGAAAUGUGA